AUGCGUGCUUUCGUCAUUCUUUCCUUCAUCUUUUGUUUGCUGGUCGCGACAACCUUCGCACCUCUUGUCACCGCUGCACCAUUACCACAAGCUGCCAUUGAGACGCGGUGUCCAAGGAUGGAAUGUCGCAUUGCGACGACCCCAUCCGACGCCUCUGGAGACUCGUCCACAACACAAGUAUCCGGAGGGCAAUCUGCAAUGGCAGACCUCAUAGAGGGCCUGAUCCUCAUGCUGUCCAGCAUGAAGCAGCUUGCCGCUGCCGCUGCCGCACCAUCGGCACAAGUGUCAUCAUCAGGCGUGGCAACUACGCUGUCCGCCUCCGCACCCACCUCCACCUCCAUCGCUGCUGUCGACCUCGCAUCAAUAGCGACAUUCACUCCGGCGAAUCCCACACCAACAGCAUCACAAUCUGCGCCUGCCGGCUAG